AACUCUGUUCAAGUAAACGAUAAUCUCCAGCUUGCAUUCUCUCUCUCCAGAUCGAAGGGUUUAAGCUGAGUUUAAUCGCAUUCCAAACACUAAAUUUCUCGGUUUUCGAGUUCUAAUCCCUUUACCGGUACCUAUGAUUCAUUGAUUUUUUGUCUAGGGUUUAAUCUGCUGAAGCUUGUUUCUUCCUCGUUGACUUCUGCUUUUGGGUUUUACAAUGGAGACGGCUUCUUCUCUGGUGCAGAGAAGAGAGCUUCACGGCCAAUGAGUUGAUACUUUGUUCUUAUGGGAUGCGGAUAUUGUUGGUUUCUCUCAAGAAAUGGUUUUGCAUUUUAAGUUGGAAAAAGUUAAAUAAGAGGGGUUGAAUAUGAUCAAUGGAGGUGGGGAGAAUGGAAUUCAGCAUAGAGAAUUACACGGGAAGAGAAAGUUUCACUGCAACGAUUUUGCUUAUGCAGUUGCAAGGAUGGCCGUGGCUCAGACGUGCGAGAGCGUUGAGGUUAACUCAUUUCAAGAAUCUCAGUUGCGUGAGGGAGUGAGGUUCAGUUCUUUUCAAGAGUCUGCUCUUGCAACACUAACUGAUGUAGCAGUCAGAUACGUCCAGAGGAUUGGGAAGACUGCACUUUUGUAUUCUAAUAUGGCCGGUAGAACAGAGGGUAAUGCUUCAGACAUUGUUCAAGCGCUGGAAGAUUUGGGCUCUGGGUUGGGUUUUUCUGGUGUUUCUGGUAUUGACUAUUGUUUUGCUUAUUCAGGUGUAGUAAAGGAGAUUAUUCGUUAUACUGGAGAAGCAGAGGAGAUGCCAUUUGCGUAUUCUCUUCCCUGUUUCCCGAUUAACAGAGGAAAAAGACCAGCUCCUAGCUUUCCUGAAGUUGGAGCCAGGCCUCCUGAUGAGCAUAUUCCAGUUUGGCUUCCUGCAUUUCCUGAAACCAAGAUUUCUGUUCAGUCAGAGGCAGUGAAUGUGAGAGCUCUUGAUGGUGAUUCUGAUAUAGCUGAGCUGGAUAGGCAGAGUAAAGAAAAUGGAUCUGCUCAUUUAACAGAGCAGCAGUCUUCCCAUGGUUAUAAACCAGAAUUCCAUAAAUCCGUCAAUCAAAAGGAUGUUGAAAAUUCCACACAAGAAGCAGAUGUUAACCCAUUUCUUGUUUCACCUCUUAGAUUUGGGAAGAAGCAGGGAUCGCUUGUUAUCCGGCCUGUGGAGCUUUCAAAUGAUGCAGCUAGCAUCAAUCAUGGCCCGGAAAUGCAUAUGGUCAACAAGCACCUUGUAGUACUCGAGGCACUUGCUCCAGCUGACAAGAUUGCGCAGAACAUGUUUGAAUCUGAGGAUGGAGAGAAAAAAGUGCCUGUGAGAACACGGUCGGUGGUGCAUUUCAAGAUUGGGACUCGAAAGGCAUCUAUGGGUUGGGCAGUAAAACAAAUUUUAGAGGAAAAGGUUAAUCAAAAAGUUGUCGCCUGGUUUCGGGAGGAAUAUGAUAAGAAGAAAGAAAAGAAGCCAGAAAGCGGUGGAAAUUGGGAAAGGUGACUCAGGGACUGACCAAUAUGUGAACUAGGUAUUUGUUAUUAGGAUUUGUACUCUUUCGAGGAACUGUUAGAUGGAACAUUUGCUUCCCGCACAUCCAAGGCUGAGAUAGUGAUAGGUUGCAUUGAAUAAGGUGACUUUUA